UUGCAGCACAGUAAAUUGUUGUUUUGCAGAUAUCGCACAACAAAGGAUAUACAGCUUCCAUUUCGAGUUAUUCCACUUGUUCGGGAAACUUCCAGAAACAAAAUGGAGGUUGCUAAUUUGUUGAAAAUACAUUCUGUUUUUCUAUGCGUUUUUUGCUACUCAUUCAUUGUGAUGGCAUUGUUGAUGCCAUAUAGAGCUGUCUACACUGUAUCGCAUAAGAAACACAUGUCACUCAUCGAUGAUUUCUAUGGCAUGCUUUAUCAUUUGUACGAAAUGACCGCUCUUCUCCGUGAAAGUUGGUACAGAUGGUUUUCAUUGCAGGUUAAGGUGGUGGUGAAAUCCAAUUUUAAGCCAUCGUUACUGGCGCAAAAAAUUGAGGUUCGCAUACCGACACCUCCAAACACCAGUGGAGUACAGUUGAUUUGUAUGAAAGGGAAAGCGAAAUACAAGGCUGGCGAGAAUGCCAUUGUUUGGAAAAUCAAACGUAUGGGUGGCUUGAAAGAAUCGCAGAUCUCAGCAGAAAUUGAUAUACUGAGUACCGGUAGUGCGGAGAAAAAGAAGUGGAAUCGUCCGCCAGUGUCGAUGAAUUUUGAGGUAUUUGUGAGAUUUUUU